UGCAGAACCGGGAUGAGAUGGUGAAGCAGACCAUCCAGAUUUUCGCGAGGGUGAAGCCCACUGUCCGGAAACAGCAACAAGGGAUUUAUUCCAUAGACGAAGAUGAAAAAUUAACACCUACCUUGGAAAUUAUCGUGCCUCGUGAUUUGGCAGAUGGAUUUGUGAAUAAUAAGCGAGAAAACUACAAAUUUAAAUUUCAAAGAAUUUUUGAUCAAGGUGCAAACCAAGAGAUCAUUUUUGAAAACAUUGCCAAACCAGUUGCCGAGAGUGUCUUGGCAGGUUACAAUGGUACCAUCUUUGCCUAUGGGCAAACAGGCAGUGGUAAGACAUUCACCAUCACAGGUGGAGCAGAACGCUACAGUGACAGAGGCAUUAUCCCAAGGACACUGUCGUACAUUUUUGAGCAAUUACAAAAGGACAGCAGCACAAUAUAUACAACGCACAUUUCCUAUUUGGAAAUCUACAAUGAAUGUGGUUAUGAUCUAUUGGAUCCAAGACAUGAAGCCUCCAGUUUGGAAGAUUUGCCGAAAGUGACAAUAUUGGAGGACCCUGACCAGAACAUUCACCUGAAAAACCUGUCUCUCCAUCAGGCAGCAACAGAGGAGGAGGCUCUGAAUCUGCUUUUUUUAGGAGACACCAACAGAAUGAUUGCAGAGACUCCGAUGAACCAAGCUUCAACUCGUUCCCACUGCAUUUUCACUAUUCACUUAUCAAGCAAGAAGCCAGGAUCUGCGACUGUCCGCCAUGCCAAACUUCACUUGGUUGAUCUGGCUGGUUCAGAGCGAGUUGCAAAGACUGGAAUGGGAGGCCAACUUCUAACAGAGGCCAAGUAUAUCAACUUGUCCCUUCAUUACUUAGAACAGGUGAUCAUUGCUCUUUCAGAAAAACACCGUUCCCACAUUCCCUACAGGAACUCCAUGAUGACCAGUGUCCUAAGAGACAGUCUGGGAGGGAACUGCAUGACGACCAUGAUCGCAACACUCUCUUUAGAGAAAAGGAAUAUCGAUGAGUCUAUAUCGACGUGCAGAUUUGCACAACGAGUGGCUCUUAUAAAGAAUGAGGCUGUUCUCAAUGAAGAAAUAGAUCCCAGAUUGAUGAUUAUACGCCUACAAAAAGAAAUCCAGGAGCUGAAGGAUGAACUGGCCAUUGUCACUGGGGAGCAGAGGACAGAGGCGCUCAUGGACGCGGAGCUCCUUCAGCUGGAAAAACUAAUAACCUCCUUUUUGGAAGACCAAGAUCCGGAAAGUAGACUAGAGGUUGGCACUGAUAUGCGUAAAAUUCAUCACUGUUUCCAUUAUUUAAAGAAACUAUUGAAUGACAAGAAGAUCCAUGGAAAAAGCACAGUCUCUUUGGAAAUCAAAGAUCAAGACUGUCAAGAACCGUUAAAAGAGGAAGAAUAUAAAAAGCUACGAGACCUUCUACAGCAGAGGGAUAAUGAAAUCAAUGUUCUGGUCAAUAUGCUAAAGAAGGAAAAGAAGAAAGCUCAGGAUGCUCUCCAUUCAUCCCGUAUGUAUAGAAGUGAAUGUGUACGCUCACAGAGCUCUCCUUUUCCACCUGGGAACCCAGAAGGUCUGAGGACUUGGCCAUCCUCAGCUCCCACACAGGUCCAGGACAUCAGCACUUCUGGGUAUAGAUCUAGUUUGCUCCACAGAAAAACAG